AUGGCCGUUUCUUACCACUAUCCAAAUCCUAUCUCUUCUUCCGUCUUCUCUCUUCUCCAGAAAAGAAUAGCCGACGAUCUCUUCUCUUCUCUGCAACCGGACGCUGCUGUUGGAUCGGUGCCGGCGCCGAAGUGGGGAAUGGGGAGGCGACGCUACUCUUCCUUGGCCUUUAUAACCGUCCGAGUGGGGCGUUUUUCUCCAAUAGGGCGCGAUUCUUUUAGAGGCUACAAGGUUGUGGGCUUUCAUUCCAUUCCCUGGUUUAUAGUGGAAUACCCUGUGCUGAAGCCGAAUUUGGGCUUUCAUUUUGAUUUCAUUAUUUUUGGGACGAAUUCACUGUGUGCUUUUGCGUUGAACUUGGCUGUAUUCUUGUUGGUUGGAAAGACUUCAGCUUUGACCAUGAAUGUGGCUGGAGUUGUGAAAGAUUGGCUGCUGAUUGCGUUUUCAUGGUCAGUCAUUAAGGAUACUGUGACGCCUGUCAACUUGUUCGGGUACGGGUUGGCAUUUUUAGGCGUUGCCUACUAUAAUCACUUGAAAGAAGCGCCGACAGCAGAUGAGGAGGCUGGAAAAUUGUUGGAAGAAAUAGAAGAAGAUUGA